CGGCAGACUGCAGACUGCAAGAAGGAGACUGUGUGUGUGUGUGUGUGUGUACCUGUGCAUUAAUCUCCACAACUACACUGCUCGAUCACCUAUCUAUCGACGGAGCGGUUUAGAUAACCAGAGGAUUCGAGCUCAACCGGAGAGAUAAGAGCAAAAGGAAAAAGAAAAAAAAAAAACACGCGUCGGAAUGAAGGUGAAUUACAGCCACCACAACAACGCGGUGCGUGUGCGCGUUGUGAGCGGCUGAGAAGGAGAAGAAGGAGGAGGAGGAGGAGGAGGAGAAGAAGAAGGAGGCUGCGGUCUGAAACCUGAUUUUUAUCCUGGAAAUUUGGAAAAGUCCAGUUCUUCUAACGGAGCGGCGUAUCCAUGCGUGGCCGCGCCGCCUGCCUCCUCCAUCCCGGCUGUGAGGCAGCUCUGACCCGCUUUCAGCCUCCGAGAGGAUCCUCCGCUUUUUUUUCUCUCUCUCCUCCAGAUAUGGAGCGUGAAGAUGUGGAUUACAGAGGGAUCCCCGGCGACACUUUAGCUGCAAUGCUCUCACUACACACUCCAGUGCGGCGGGAAUAAAACGUAAACAACAGAACUAUGAGUAGGAAUUUUGCGUCCCGGGGGAUAAAUCGGUGAUUUUGUGGAGCACGACUGAACUCCCCGCUCGGAAACGUGAGCGAGCUACCCAGCUAGCUAUUAGCUCCAUUAGCCGGCUAACAGCUAAAAGGUGCUGGCUGGAGAUUAAAAGGUGUUUGAAUAAUUCACACCGGGUCCGGCCCGCGUUUCCUCCACUCCGGUUCACGUAUUUCCAGUAUUUGAGGGAGGAUUUACUCAUCCAGGAAUGAGGGCUCGGGUGGAAAGGAGUCGCUUGACCUUGUUUUGGGGUCUGAUGCUGGGUCUGUCGUCCUGCCUCCGGCCCGCCACCGCAGAGAUUUGUACUCCCGGCAUCGACAUUGGGAACGACAUUGGUGAAUUCCGGCGUCUGGAGAACUGCACCGUGGUGGAGGGCUACUUGCAGAUUCUUCUCAUUGGCGACAAAAACAACAACAACAGCAACCAGGAAGUCUUCCGCUCCCUCAGCUUCCCCAAGCUGACCAUGAUCACCGACUAUCUGCUGCUGUUCCGAGUGUCCGGCCUGGACAGCCUCAGCACGCUGUUCCCCAACCUCGCCGUCAUCCGCGGCCGCAACCUCUUCUACAACUACGCGCUGGUGAUCUUCGAGAUGACCAGCCUGAAGGACAUCGGGCUGUACAACCUGAAGAACAUCACACGCGGCGCCAUCCGGAUCGAGAAGAACCCCGAGCUCUGCUACCUGGACUCCAUCGACUGGUCGCUCAUCAUGGACGCCGAGUUCAACAACUACAUCGCCGGGAACAAGCAGUCCAAGGAGUGCAGCGACGUCUGCCCCGGCAUCAUGGAGAACAGCCCCCAGUGCAGGAAGACCAUUUUCGGCGACAACUACAACUACCGCUGCUGGAAUUCCAAUCACUGCCAGAAAGAAUGUCCGGAGAGGUGUGGACGGCGAGCGUGCACUGCUCAGGGAGACUGCUGCCACCCUCAGUGUCUGGGCAGCUGCACGGUCCCCGGCAGCGACACGGCGUGCGCCGCGUGCGUGCACUACUACCACGAGGGGCGCUGCGUGGCCGACUGUCCUCCGGACACGUACAAGUUCGAGGGGUGGCGCUGCAUCAGCGCCGAGCUCUGCUCCAAAGUCCACCUGCCUGAGCUGGACAGCUUCGUCAUCCACGGAGGGGAGUGUCUGACCGAGUGCCCGUCCGGGUACACCCGCACCGCGCCCAACAGCAUGUUCUGCACAGCCUGCGAUGGCCUGUGCGAUAAAGUGUGUGAGGAGAAGGUCAUCGACUCCAUGGAUGCCGCUCAGUCUCUCAAAGGCUGCACCGUUAUCAAAGGCAACCUGCAUAUCAACAUCCGCAGAGGCCAAAACAUGGUGGCAGAGCUGGAGAGCUUCACAGGUCUCAUCCAGAAGGUGACGGGUCACGUGCGGAUCACACACUCACACACUCUGAGCUCCCUGGCCUUCCUCCGCAGUCUGAGAUACAUCGAUGGAGAAAACCUUCUGGACGACAUGUAUGCCUUCUCGGCGUUCGACAACCAACAGCUGCAGUAUCUGUGGGACUGGAAGCAGCACAACCUCACCAUCCGGACGGGAAAGCUGUUCUUCAGAGCCAACCCCAAGCUCUGCAUGUCCGAGAUACGCAACAUGUGGGACAAGACGGGCAUCAAGGGCCGCUUUGAUGAGAGCGAUUUCCGGAACAACGGCGACAGAGCCAGCUGUGAGAGCACCAUCCUCAAGUUCAAGUCCAACAGCACCAGCAGCACGAGGAUCAAGCUGACAUGGCAGCGCUACCGGCCUCCCGACUACAGAGACCUCAUCAGCUUCAUCGUCUACUACAAGGAGGCCCCUUUCCAGAACAUCACGGAGUUCGAGGGGCAGGACGGCUGCGGCUCCAACAGCUGGAACAUGGUGGAUGUGGAGCUGAGGCCAGAAAAGGACUCGGACCCCGGAGUCCUGCUGUCCAACCUGAAGCCGUGGACGCAGUACGCCAUCUUUGUUAAAGCCAUCACGCUCAUGGUGGAGGACAAACACAUGCCAGGUGCCAAGAGCAAGGUGGUCUACAUCCGCACCAGCCCCUCGGCGCCCUCAAUGCCUCAGGACGUACGGGCGUAUUCCAACUCCUCCACACAGCUGGUGGUGCGCUGGUCACCCCCGGUCUCAGCGAAUGGGAACCAGACGUACUACCUGGUGAGAUGGCAGCAGCAAGCCGAAGACCGCGAGCUCUACCAGCACAACUACUGCUCCAAAGAGCUGAAGAUCCCCAUCCGGAUCGCUGCCAUCGGGGUGGGAGACCAAGAAGAGGACACCAAACCCACCAAACCAGAUCCCGACGGGGCAGAUAAAGCCCCCUGCUGCCCCUGCCCCAAGUCGGUGGAGGACCUGGAGGCCGAAGCUGCCGACGCGUCCUACAGAAAAGUCUUUGAAAACUUUUUGCACAACUCCAUUUUUACUCCAAGGCCGCCGGAUCGUCGCCGUCGGGACCUUUUCGGCGUCGCCAACGCCACCCUCACUCGCCGUAACCGGCUGCACGCCAACAGCAGCGCGGCCCCUCCGGUCCAGGCGGCCGGUAACAGCAGCACCGGCGUCACCGAGCCGGAGCCGGCGGAGCGGGAGUUCGAGUUCGUGGAGCAGGCGGUGACGGAGCGCGAGCUGCAGAUCUCCGGCCUUCAGCCGUUCACGGUCUACCGCAUCGACAUCCACGCCUGCAACCGACAGGUCCAGCGGUGCAGCGCGGCGGAGUUCGUCUUCUCCAGAACCAAACCUGCAGAAAAGGCCGACGACAUCCCGGGCAAGGUGACCUGGGAGGGCCACGAGGACUGGGUGUUUCUGCGCUGGCCAGAGCCGCCUCACCCCAACGGACUCAUCCUCAUGUACGAGAUCAAGUUCAAACUGGCUGCUGAGUCGGAGAAGCAUGAGUGUGUGUCUGGUCAAACGUACCGAGGCCAGCGUGGCGUUCGGCUGUCCAACCUGAGUCCAGGAAACUACUCGGUGAGAGUGAGAGCCACGUCGCUGGCUGGCAACGGCUCCUGGACCCACACCGUGGAUCUCUACGUGGCUAAACGUUAUGAAAACUUCCUCUACAUCUCGAUCUUCGUUCCCAUUGCCACCGUGGUCGUCGGCUGCAUUCUGGGUGCCAUAUAUGCCGUGUUCAAGACGAAAAGGAACAGCGACCGGCUGGGGAAUGGCGUCCUGUACGCGUCGGUCAACCCGGAGUACUUCAGCGCCGCGGAAAUGUACGUCCCGGACGAGUGGGAGGUGGCUCGGGAGAAGAUCGCCCUGAACCGCGAGCUCGGGCAGGGCUCGUUCGGAAUGGUGUACGAGGGCCUGGCGAAGGGCGUGGUCAAAGACGAGCCGGAGACGCGCGUCGCCAUCAAGACCGUCAACGAGUCGGCCAGCAUGAGGGAGCGCAUCGAGUUCCUCAACGAGGCCUCCGUCAUGAAGGAGUUCAACUGUCACCAUGUGGUCCGCCUCCUGGGAGUGGUCUCUCAGGGCCAGCCCACUCUGGUCAUCAUGGAGCUGAUGACCAGAGGAGACCUGAAGAGCUACUUACGCUCGCUGCGACCCAAGGAGCAGCAGUGGUCCAGCCUGUCUCUCCCUCCCCUGAAGAAGAUGCUGCAGAUGGCGGGCCAGAUCGCCGACGGCAUGGCUUACCUCAACGCCAACAAGUUUGUGCACAGAGACCUGGCAGCCAGGAACUGCAUGGUGGCCGAGGACUUCACUGUAAAGAUCGGAGAUUUCGGCAUGACGCGAGACAUCUACGAGACCGACUACUACCGCAAAGGCGGUAAAGGUUUGCUCCCGGUGCGCUGGAUGUCCCCGGAGUCUCUCAAAGACGGAGUCUUCACCACCAACUCGGACGUCUGGUCGUUCGGGGUCGUGCUGUGGGAGAUCGCCACUCUGGCAGAGCAGCCCUACCAAGGCCUGUCCAACGAGCAAGUGCUGCGCUUCGUCAUGGAGGGAGGGCUGCUGGAGAAGCCGCAGAACUGCCCCGACAUGCUGUUCGAGCUGAUGCGGAUGUGUUGGCAGUACAACCCUAAGAUGCGCCCGUCCUUCGUGGAGAUCAUCGGCAGCGUGAAGGACGAGCUGGAGCCGUCCUUCAGAGAGGUCAGCUUCUUCUACAGCGCCGACAACAAGCGGCCGCCGCCCCCCCCGCCGCCGCCGCCGCUCCACAUGGACAAGCUGGACGACAUGGACGAUGUCCCCCUGGACCCGGCCGCUCCCCCCACGCAGGCGCAGCAGACCCCACCCCCCCAGCAGACUCCGCCCUCCCCCCGGUCAGAGGCCCCGCCGGGCCCCUCGCUCGCCCCCGGCUCCCCCGCCUCUCCCUGCACCUCCAGCGCCGCCAUGGACAAGCAGGCGUCCGGUCAGCAGCCGCCGCCGCAGCAGCACCAAGCAGCCAACGGGCUUUCGGGGGGGGCGGCGGCGGCGGGGGCGGGCUCAGGCGUCCCCAUGCGGCCGUCUCUGGACGAACUGCCGCCGUACGCGCACAUGAACGGAGGACGCAAAAACGAGCGCGCCAUGCCCCUCCCACAGUCGUCCGCCUGCUGAUCGGACCCCCGCCACACGGGGAGGGUGCGUGUUGGGGGGCGGGGCCAGCCGGGGAUGUGAGCGAGCGGCGCGGACUCACGGGAGCGUGGAGGAGACUGCUGAUUGGUUGGUUCUGCUGUUCUGGCUGUCAGACGU